AUGCUGAGAGCACUGCGUGGAGCAGCGGAACUGCUCUCGACGGCACUCGUCAAGAGAAAUGGGGAGAUGGCGGCGAGGAGAUUCCUCUCAACACCGACUCAAGAAGCCGUCGCUGCGGCGGAGACCGCGUUGAAGUCAGCGACUGACGUCAACACGGAGACUGCCGAAGUGGUGACGUCAUCGCCGGAGGAUAGCGGAGAGCCGGCGGCAAAAGUUCAACAACUGACUCAACCGUACUCGCAGGAGGCCAUCACUAAACUGAAACUCGAUCAGUAUCCAUUAUACGUCGAGAGGGAAUGGUGGAAAACCGGAAAACGAAUGACAUUCUGGGCGAGUUGGCGUCAGUUGAGAGAUGUCAAGCGGCGUGAGCAGAUUCAGGAAGUGGGCGCCGAUCGUAUGCGUCUAAAAGCGAUCAAAUUCAACACAAUUCUCCCACAAGCAAUUCGUGACGAGGCUGCCGAGAAAAUGCAAACGGCUCGAAAGUACGAUCAUCCUCGUCUCAUUCUGAAUAUGUGUCAAUUCACGGGACGUCAACGUGGAAAAAUCAAGCCAUAUCGUCUCAGCCGUCAUUUAUUCCGUCGAUUCGCCGAUCGGUCGGCGUUGAGUGGAGUGCAGAGAGCAAUGUGGUGA